AGGCGAAAGCGAUCUUCCAUCCCGCUUCCAAUCGCGCUUCUCCGUGUGGUGUGAUGUAUCCUUUUUGUCGUGAAAACCAACCGCGUGGUGGUAUUAUUACUUCGGAAGCGACCGCGUCGCGUGAUCGCCGAUAAAUACCGCACCUUGAAGGAGGUGCGAGGAUGAGCGAACGUAUACGAGCGUUGGUGUGUUAAGUGGUUCGCAUCCCGCGCGUUGACGUCAGCCCGGCCUCUUCCUUUCGCUUGUGACCGAAGUCGUGCAUUUUGAACGCGGUCUUCAGGAUUGAAGCACGGUGCGGGAUUCUCUCUCACAAAUUUUUUUUUUUCAAAUCUUUUCGACUGUACUGCCGAACACAGUGCCUUCGUUCAAGUGGUGCAGACGUUGAUGGUGUCCUCGUCGCUGCGUUCCUGCGACUGAGCAUGCUCCGAGUCGGAAAGUGGGACAAUCCUUAACCGUCGGUUAGUUCUCGCUGCCGACGAGAAGGCGGAGUGAAGACGCGGUGUUGGGGAUUUUCGUGCCUCCCGCCCCCAUACGCCGUGUUUUGCAUUGCGGAAUUUGAUUUUACCAGAAAAGGAGGACGAAAAAAAAAUUGGAUUCGGGAAAAAGAAAUCAAAUAGGAUAGAUUAAUAAAAGAAAGAAGGAAAAAAACAUACCCGCACACGAGGAGAUUCGUCAUGGCUGAUGCUGACAAGAAGUUCGUGCUUGCUGUCGACGUUGGGAGUUCGUCGGUGCGAUGUCACGUGUACGACAAGGCCGCCAAGUUAGUGGGAAAAUCGCAACAGGGGUAUCAAUGGCUGUACCCGGAACCCGGCUUGGAGGAACUGAAGCCCGAUCAGCUGUUCGACGACACUGUGGGAGUUAUCAAAGGCGCCGUUUCGGAUGCGGGUUUGACAUUGGAGGAUAUCAGCUGCAUGGGCAUCACGACGCAGCGAUCAACAUGGGUGACCUGGGACAAGGUCACGGGAGAGCCAUUUCAUAAUUUCAUCUCGUGGAAUGACAGUCGAGGAACUUCUUGGGCUACGGCUAUGAAUCAGUCCAUGCGAAUCAAGCUGUUGAAUUUCAUUGGACUGGUGUCGCACAAUGCAACUGGGAACAAGCGUUUCUGUGCUGCAAGGAUUUUACAGAUGAAGCCAGGAUGUAUAAAAUCUGUUUGUUCGCCUCCUGUUCGCUUCAACGCCGACUUUUACGCAAGCACGAGCUUGACGAACAUUAUGGGCGAGUAUGCGAGGAACAAGAAGCUUCGGAGAGCUGUGAAGGACAACAGGGCGUGUUUCGGCACUGUGGACACGUGGCUAGUGUAUCGAUUGACUGGACGUCGGGAACACGUCACCGAUUACUCGGAAGCAUCUGCAACGCUUUUAUUUGACCCCUAUGCCCGGGACUGGGGCUGGGUCCUGAUGCGUUACGUAGGGGCACCCAAGUUGAUCAUGCCGAAAAUUAUGGGCUCGUGUUCGAAAUUUGGCCACACGGAUCUGAGUGUGCUCGGAGCCAAGAUCCCGAUUACCUGUCUGAUCGGGGACCAAGCCGCGUCCAUGUACGGCGCCCGUUGUUUCAAGGAAGGCGACGUGAAUUUGACGCUCGGGACCGGGGGAUUCUUCGAUAUGAACACCGGACAACGGCCACACACGUCAUUGAGUGGAACGUACCCAGUGUGUGCCUGGGCAAUCGACGACAAAUUAACGUACAUGGCCGAGUCCUCGUUUCCUGGCGUCGGUACUAGUUUGGAACUCGCACGACGCCACGGACUCAUCGACUCGAUGAGUGAACUGCAUUCCUUGGUGACGAGUGUCGAUGAUUCCGACGGAAUUCAUUUCGUUUCCGGGUCCGACGGGGGUUUGACGAUGGGAGACGAUGGUGCAGGAGAAAGGUUUACAGAUGAGGAUCUAGAAUUGCGUGAUAAAGACGCUUCCGCUGAAGGAUUAAGCUUUGACGAUCUCGAGCAAGACGCUUCCUCAGUGUCGUCAGCGUCACGACGGCGACCUGCUCACUUCUUGCGAGCGAUUGUUGAAAGCAUCGCCUUUCGAGCUUAUCGAAUACUCAAAUUUAUGGACGAAGAGACGCAUUAUCCAGUAGGACAUAUAAAGGUUAGCGGAGGAGUAGCUAGGAGUGAUUUUCUGCUGUCCACGCUGGCGACUCUUUCUGAUAAAACUGUGUGUCGUCCCAUCGAACACGAAACGACGAUUUUGGGCGCCGCUCUGCUUACCGGAAUCACGCUUGGCAUUUAUCCAAAGAGCGGGCUGGACGCUCGGGAAGCGCGUUCGGGCGACAUCUUCCGUCCGGAGGAGGAGCGCAGAAGCAACGUGCAGCUUGAGUACAGUCGCUGGAGUUCCGCCGUUUUCCAGCCGUCGCGCUCCACGAUCUCACUUUCGUCCGCCGUCAGCGAGAGCGGCAGCAGUGGCGGCUCUUCGUCCGUCUUCGCCAUCGGACCCGACGUCCUUUCGUCGUUCCAAGGCAAGAAACCCUCGUCUGGGACGUGUUUGGAAGACGAGGACGACGACUCUCCGUCUGUUUUGGCGCGGUCCGUCGCCGCUGCGUCCUUGUGACGACUUCCUCGCGCUAUUGUUCGCUCAUUACUGUGGAUUUCUUGAUUUUUUUUUUCGUUUGCGGAACCCGAAAGCAUUUGGCUUUUUCCACGUCCACUGUUUUCUUUUUUCCUUGGAAAACAGGAGUUUUCUUGUGCGGAAUGGUCCCGAAAGACCCGAUUUUUCACGCGGAAAAUCGAGAGAAAAUAAGCUGAUGUAGGUUAAUUAAGGAACUUUGGUUGGUUCCAAAUUUUUGUCAAUACUAUACCUUGGGAUGACUCAGUCGGCAGAAAAGAAAAGCAUUUGACCUUUUCUAUUUCUACAUUUAUCCCCUUGGGACGACAGGUAUUGAAGUGAUUUUCCUGUUUGAAGCAGUCAUUGAAGAACGGAAUUUUUAUGCUGUAAAAAAUGAAUAAACUAGUGAAUUAUCGUGUUGAAGUGGAGUUCAAAUACUUCAAAAUCACGUCGAAAUACUUCAGAAAUUAUUCAUUUGGUAUUUUUAAUUUUUUGUUUUUUACCUUUUCAGUCAACUUCUAAACUAUACAAGUACACAAAUAUCAGUGAUGCAAAAAUAAUUAUCAUCGAAAUCAAUUCACAGUAAUGUACUCUAAAAUCGUCGAGUGAUAAAUAAUGCCGACUAAAAUAAUUGCAAGACUGGCGAACUUUUCGAAUCAACUCUCAUGUGCUGAAGUAGGGAAAAAUCCGAAGAAUUCAAACGAGAAACUCUUUGAAAUAGCUUCAUCUGAACGACUGUUUCACUCGGAAAGUUUCUGUUGAAGUUAUUGUAAAAAAUUAGCGACGAAUUUCCAAUAUCACACUCAAAAGUGAAUUUUGAGACCAUUCCUUCAAAUAUUUUGAAGUGAUUUCCGGGUUAUUUUCCCGGUCAGAUCUAGAAUUGCCAAGACGUUACAUUUGAACAGAAGCCACUCUCGUGAACAAAAGAGAAUAUUUGGAUUAGAUUUUCUUUUUUCCAGAUUCGUAUUUUUGACGGAUCUUCACUUACACAAAAGAAGAAAAGAAGCUUUUCAGCGAGACAUGAUGGCUUCUGAAGCCGUAGUAUAGGGUAAGCUCGAAGCGAUGAGAGGCAAUUUGAUGCGGGGAAAAAAUAUUGUUGAAAGAAAAAUCUGUUGUUUUUCGAAACGUGGACACGCCAAGAAAAGAAAAGAAAAUUAUUUCCGUGAAAUCUGGGCUAUUUUUCUGGCCUGUGAGGAAACACGCGCGUGCGAUCGAACUGGGCAUUUCCCCCCCCCCCUCUCUUUAUGCGACAAUUUGCGUUUGCGAAACUUAUGCGUGCUUAUACCGUAUUCAAUUCCCCCCCUUUCUGCAUUUGUGUACGAGGCGAAGGCGGAGUUUCGCAAUAUGCGCGCUGUGAUUCUUUUCCCCGCAUUUCCCUCUAGCCUUUUUUAUUUCUCGUUCAUCUAAAUGUAAUCUCGAUUUUGUUUGUAAUGAUGAAGGAAACCCCGGGGUAUGAUUCGUCUUCGGAACUUGCCAGUGUUCGUUUGAUUGCCGGUUUUUUUUUUUUCCUUCUGGCUUCUGUAUUAAGAAGUAAGGGGGAUUCACUGAAAGUCUGAGGCGAGGCGUCGGUUGAAUUUCUCUUUUCCUGAUGGUGAGAGCUUCUUUGUGUAAACUCAUUAUUUGGAAGACUUCCCUAUCGCAAACUUCGUGGGAAACCCUGAAGAAGAACAUCCGCAAACCUCUUGUUUGGUUGGUAGCUUUUUUUUUCUUUCUCGCCAAAAAGUGGUUUAUUGAAACUCGGGAAAUAGAGGGAUUAUUGUGAUA